UAAUAAGACUGCGGGACGCGGCACUUUUAGUUUCAAUUUACGCUCAGCUGAGUGCCUGGCGCGUGGGAGCGCAGGUACGGCAUCCACUUAAUUAUGCUGAGGAGACCGUGACCCUUGAUCCCCCCUUCCCCUCACGCGCCCAACCUCCAUAUGGGCCUCCGACUCCGUCCCUUACCUACGCAGCGGCGCACAGCAUUGCUGCAUUCUCGCACAACAUGCCCGCCGAAACACUGCCCCCGGAGCCGCCUCCGCAGAAGUUCUCGCGCUAUCGGAGUGUGCGCCGCGCUCAGGCACAGCAAGCGCAGCCCCAGCAGUCCAACGCAGCGCAGCAGCGCGCAGAAGACGUUCCUCCUAUGCCUCCGCUGCCCCCAAUGGAGCCCCAGAAAGACGCUGCAGUCAGCAGAAGCAUGUCGCGCUACCACCGUCGGCCCGCAACAUCUCACGCGCCCGCCGCAAAAGCUCCACCUCUGCGAUCGGCAACCGUUGAGGUACCGCCUCCACCAACAACGCAAACCACAACCUCCGCCCGCUAUCGCGCUUUGAGCUCACCACAAGCCCGCCUUGCAAGCAAUGCCCAACCGCGACUACCAAAUGGCUCACGAGCGCGAGCGGAGCCCGCACCCGCCGACACAGCCACGGCUCGACAACCGCACCGCACCGCACGCGACGAAGCCAAGCAACUGCUUCAGAAUGAGGCCGAACGGCAUCGGCGCAUGAAAGAGAAGCUCAGAGCUGCGAAGCAGGCUAAAGAGGAAGUUGAACAAGCCGACCGCGAGCAACAGGAGAGAUUGCGCAGAGAAGGGGAGGAGGCUGCGCGUCUGAAGGCACAACGAGAGGUUGAGGAGGUGGAACAGCUGCGGCGGCAGAAGGAGGAAAAGGAGCGCGGGAAGAAGCUGCAAAAGGCGGAAACCGCGAGAAGGCUGCAGGAGAGGGAAGAGGCGGAGCGCAAGUCAAGGAUGGAGGAAGCUGCUCGCAAGGCACAGGCGUCUCCGCCAGUGUCACCCCCGAGGCACGGUGGAGGCUUUGGACUGUUCAGGAGACGCAAAGACGGUGCGCCAGCGUCACCAGAGAGUCCUCCAACUCAUUCGAAGUCUCCGCAGCCGAGCAACGGCCAUCGAGACAUGGACACAAUUAGACCUGGAGGAGGCGGCGCCGUUCUGGGUAUCGAUGCACCCAUCUCUGCCGUGAAUGCCGGUGAUCGGCGCGUGACCGUCGUCCGCAACGACAAGAGGUUCUUUCUCCCUGUCACACCGGAAACCACAGCGCAGGACCUGCUUCGAUCGGCCUCCCUUUGCAUGACCGAGCCAAUUGAUCCACAUACCGAUGUGCUUAUCGAAUCCUUUCAGAAGGUUAGCGUCGAACGUCCGCUGCGUUUAUAUGAACAUGUGCGAGACGUCCUGAAUUCAUGGGACAACGAUGCUCAAAAUGACCUCAAAAUCGUUAACGCUGCAUACAAUGACAUCGACCGUCUAGAGCUACUUGCUCCUUCGGUUCCCGACUCUAGACCGCAAGGCAUGGGCUGCUACCUGAACUACUCUUCCCGGCCCCAGAAAUGGAACAAAAGGUACAUUACGCUUCGAUCCGACGGACAGUUGAUGAUGGCAAAAAGCGAGACCUCAAAGGAUCACGAAAACAUCUGCCAUCUGUCAGACUUCGACAUCUACACGCCCACCUCACGCAAGAUUGCGAAGGUCAGGCCUCCAAAGAAGUUGUGUUACGCAGUCAAAAGUCAGCAAAAGUCAAACAUCUUCUCGGACGAGAGUCGAUACGUUCACUUCUUUUGCACCAACGACAGGCACACGGCGGUAAACUUCUACAAGUCUUUGCAAGUUUGGAGGAGCUGGCAUCUCAAACACGUUAUGGGCGAAGGCCAGAAGAAACCAAAGACACAGGAAAGCAAAGCUACGAACGGGCUGUUGUCGAAUGGCGUUGGGCGUCUUAGCCUUGAUCAAGGCGGUGGCGGAUCCUCCCAUACCCGAAACACCUCCACUGGUUCUUACUAUCAACUGGGGACCUUCACGCCUUUGAUUGACUUUAAUCAGUUUGACAAAAACCUCGAACAUAUAAAGGACUCGGUUGCACACCCUGGUGAGACGGCGCAUGCUAGGGUGGAUACGAAAACGUUGCAUGCAAGGAAGAUGUCGGCAAGAGUCAAGGGUCCGCCGCCGGUGGCGUACAAUAGGGGCGGUUUGAGUAAUGAGGAUUCGGUGCCACCCACAGGCAGGACGAAUUCGCUCACGCAAAGCUCUUCCUCCGAUCCCGAGGGCGAAACGUUUGCACCUGGCGGUCUGCUUGGGAGAAAGUAUUCUCAGCGACAGAGAGCCGUGCAGGACCGCGAGAGGAAGGAGUCUGGGCCGUUCACCGAUGGCCCGUCGCUCAUCAGUAACAUGGACUACAUGGCUGCACAGUCGACAGGCAACGAUUCCGGCCUCAACCGCAAUGCCUCGGUCCGUACCACUCAUCUGCGAACUUCAAGCGAUAUCCAGCGGAGUGUUUCAACGCGGGGCAAAAUGAAACCUCUCGUAGACCUGACGCCCCAAUACCGGGAGCCGCCUCAACAUGCUCGUAAGGGCAAGGGCUAUGUCCCGGAAGCCGGCGCUGGCCCUCUGGUCGAAAAUGCAACAUCUCUAGAAGAAGCAAUCAAGAUUCCGCCCUCCCAAGAUUGGCGCGCCGCUCGGCCGCCUACCACACGUACACAUGGAACCUACGGCAUCGGCGGGCAUGAGCGUACGCGAUCCCUCAAAGGACGGGGCGAAGGCCUCGCGGCAUACACGGUGAACAACCACUCUGCUGCCCCUGAGGAUGACAGCAAUGCGUUCACUGGCGGUGGUCUUCUUGCUGGAGCGAACUUUGGCCAGGGACAUAGGCCAGUAGGCCAUGGAGUUAUGGACGGUUCGAAAGCGAGGGGUCCGAUGCUCGAUGUGAGGGAGAACCCCAAGUUCGCCUCGGGCAGUCUGCUCGCUGGCGUCGAGCGGGUGCGUGGCCCCUCGGGGCCGGUUAUUGACCGCGACAGGCGACAGAGUGUUGAUCUUGGAUGAAGCCAUGGGGACUUCAGGGAUGAGUAUAAAGAGACGCGUUAAUGAGUGGUAAUUCUGGUAUGGCCGGGGCGCGCUUGAGCAUUUUGCGGAGUUCAAUAUCCCCAGAGUGGAGUUAUGGCUCGGGGACCUUUCCUACUUGUUCGUCUUGCUUCAGUAUUCUAUCUGGGUAUCGGUCUUGAGUUGUUUCCACGUCCGGCAUGGUAGAGCUCGGAGGUUUUCGGGAGGUUAUUCGGAGCAUUUAUACCGCGGAAUGGCUGAGGGGCGUCAUGGUCGUCGUCCUCACGGAUCGAAUAGCACGGUAUCGCUUGGAAAUCUGAAUCUAAGAUCUG